GUUCACUCAUGUUUACGUUGAAGGUUCACUGCGCCGCGGCACUAACGUCAUUUUGUGCAGACGUCAGCGAGUGACAUGCGGAAACAAAAGACACGAACAGAUGACUGAAACCAGGCUACUGCUAUCCAAGUCCUUUUCUUCGAGGUGAUACAAUCCUAAAGAUUUGGCCAAAAUUGACAACCCUUGGAGGACGUGUCAACACCAGCACCCACACGGAUGUAGACUUUAGAUGACAGGAUGGGUCUACAUUUGGAGAGUCUGGAGAGAGGUGAAGGGGACGCACUAGGGGAGAGAAGAACUCAGGCCCAGCCAGCUCCUCAUAGUAACAAGAGGAAGAAAAAAGUCAAAAAGAGACUGUGGAUCAACCUCACCAACUGCAAAUAUGAAAGUGUGCGGCGAGCUGCUUGUAAAUUUGGUCUCCAUGAGGCGAUAGAAGGUGAAGACUGGACAUUGUUCUGGACCGAUUGUUCCGUGUCUUUGGACAGAGUCAAGGACAUGAAGCAGUACCAGAAAAUCAAUCACUUCCCGGGGAUGAGUGAAAUCUGCCGCAAGGACUCACUGGCUCGGAACAUGAAUCGCAUGCUCAAGCUCUUCCCCAAAGACUACAACAUUUUCCCGAAGACUUGGUGCCUUCCUACUGACUUAAACGACUUCCAAGCUUACACACGGGCGAAAAAAAAUAAAACCUACAUCUGUAAACCGGACACGGGCUGCCAGGGUAAAGGCAUAUUCAUCACCAAGUCUAGUAAAGACAUCCGGUGUGGCGAUCACAUGAUCUGUCAGGUCUACAUCUCCAGGCCUCUUAUUAUUGAUGGAUACAAGUUUGACCUGAGGAUCUACGUGCUGGUGACGUCAUGUGACCCAUUCCGGAUCUUCAUGUUCGAAGAAGGACUCGUUCGCUUCUGUACCAACAAGUACAACGAGCCCACACACUGCAACGUGGAAGACGUCUGCAUGCAUCUCACCAACUACUCCAUCAACAAACACAGCCAGAACUUUAUACGUGAUGAGGACAUAGGAAGCAAAAGGAAGCUGUCAACCUUGAACAAGCACCUGGACAUGCUCCGCUGCGACACAGACAAGAUGUGGACCGACAUUGAGGAUGUGAUCAUAAAGACGCUCAUCUCAGCUCACCCCGUCCUCAAACAUAACUAUCGCACCUGCUUCCCCAACCACACCGCCAACAGCGCCUGUUUUGAGAUCCUGGGCUUCGACGUGCUGCUUGACCACCGACUUAAACCCUGGCUGCUGGAGGUGAAUCACUCGCCCAGUUUCACCACUGACUCCCAGAUGGACCGCGAGGUGAAGGAUGCCUUGCUCUACGACACUCUGGUUCUCAUCAAUUUGUCUGCCUGCAACAGGCGAAAGAUCACCAAGCAGGAGAAGCGGCGGGUGAAGGAUCGUCUGCACAUGAACCGCUCCAGAGAGGCCUGGUCAGAGGAGCUGCGGCAGUGCCAGGCCGCCACGGUGGAGCAGAUGGAGAAGCACGAGGCCAAACACCUGGGGGGCUUCAGGAGGAUCUACCCCAGGGAGGGAGCUGAGAAAUAUGACAAGUACUUCAAACAUAGCAGCUCGGUCUUCCAUGAGACGGCAGCGUCUAAAGCCAGAGAGGAGUGUGCCAGGCUUCAUCUGCAGGAGCUACGUCUGAAGCAGGAGCAGAAAGACCUGAGAGGGGCCGGACGACGGGACCUACAGGGGGAGACGGCGGGGGAGAAAGUGAAACCUCGUCUGCGGACACAAGCCUCCAGCGGUGACCUGCAGCCGAUCCAGCCUUCUCUGAUGACUGCCCUGGAACAUCGGCAGAAGGAGGGGAAUGAGGAGGACCUGGGGGAGAAGGAGAGGGCUCAAGCUUUGAUUCAGAGAAAAAAACUGCUGCAGGAUCUUGGGGUGGUGGAGCAAAUCCAGCGGCUACUUCGGGGUCAGGAGGCUCAUAUUCGCCCCCAGGAGGUCCAGUCUCAGGUUACACAGCCCGGUCCUGUCACUCACACAAUAGAUCUGAAGAACCUGAAUGCACUGGAGAGAGGUGACCAGUCCAGAGGUCCACCACGGAAAGUCAGUGCUCUGAGAUUGAACAAUGACAGUAGCAGUGGUCACUCACGUCCAAACGUCUCCACCACAAAGCAGCUCCACAAACGCUGCCCCAUUCUGACCCACAACCCCACAACCCUAAAGAGUCUGUUGGUCGUCUCCAGCCGGGCACCAAUUGUGUACAGACCCGGAUUGUCUUCGGUCAAAACCUUGGAUCGGCACCAGGAGCAAGAAUGAUGGUGACCAUUGUGAUUGUAGUGAAGCCUGUAAAAGAUGCAAGGGAACAUGUGUCACGAGCAGAUAGUUGACAGUUGUGCAAACUUGUCCAGUGGGGGACUAUUGGCACACACCCAUGCUUGGAUGCAGACUCAAAUUGUGUCUCUAUAUUACUCAUUUUUAUAUUUUUAAUAACUCCCUCACAGAGUUUAAGAAUCAAGGUUAUGUGAAUGUUAUGAUCAUGCCCUCUUUAAGAUAACAAUUCAUUAUGCUGUGUUCAUUAUGCCCUGUUUUUCAAGUAUCA